GGCUACAAGGGUCUGGUUUGCUCGCUGUUUUUGAACACACGCUAACUUUUCUUCUUGAUAAUACAGCUGUGAAAAACGUGAGAUUUCCCUCAUUCAAGUGGAUCAAAGUUAACAGCCAUUUAAUACUUAAAAAGAAGAAAUGGCUCUUAAGAAACGACUCUAGAUGGUAAACGAUAAAACAUUUUGUUUAGCUGCUAAGUAAAAUAUUAUUAUAUAUUCAAAUACUUUUCUUUGAUUCACUUCAGACUAGCUGUUGCCUUCCACACGCCCUGAUCUGUUUAUGCAGAACGUAGUAUCAUUUUACCUGUAUUUUGUUUAACGUGUAACGUGAGAUGACAAAAAUGAAGUCAUUAAUGCUCUUCAUUGUUUUGCUCCCUUACACUUUUGUAUGUGUUGUGUCACUUCCAUCUUCCUUGAAGAAUAAAGAAGGAACGGUGUCCUUGAACAGGGAACAAGAUGAUCACGAGCACACCGUGGCCAGAUUUCGGCGAAGUCUGCUGCAGUUUUACCAAAUGAUUUCAUGCGCGACGAACAACGACCCGCUGAAAUACAACUUUUAUGGGUGUUACUGUGGGCUGGGAGGCAAAGGAACACCAGUGGAUGCCCUCGACAGAUGUUGCGAGAAGCAUGAUGCAUGUUACAACCAAAUCAAUCAGAACAAGCUGUGUAGAUUUCCAUGGCAUAUCUACACCAAAUCGUACGAUAUGGAAGGAUGCACUGGAUGUGCCUCCUCUAAUGACAAAUGCCAGCUGGCCAUCUGUAACUGUGACAGUGUUGCAGCUCAAUGCUUUGCAAGAAACAAGUUGAAUCCUGCAUAUGAAGACUAUCCACAGAGCAAAUGCAAAUGAGCAUGCCACAACUGAGAUACAUCUCGCAGUUUACAACUACUUUCAUCACACAUUACUAAAUAAAGUUGCACCAAAUUAAACUGAUUCUAAACUGUUUACACUUGUCUCCUUCUU